GGCUCGAGUGCCCCCUCCUCCCUCCCCUCUCCGUGUUGCCGGCACUCGGGGCACGCUGUCCCCAUGCCCCACGGGCGGAGGGAAGAGGAAGGGAAGGGGAGGCCAGUUUGUGCGGGGCUUGGGGCAGCUUUGUCACUUGCUUGGUGUCCUCUCGGGAAGGGGGGAGGGGAGGGCGUUAUUCGGUGCCGCCGGCGGAGCUGACAGCCGGGGUGCCGGGCGGGGAAGGACCCCUUCUCCCUCGGCCUGCGCGCCGCCCCGCGCCUCCCUGCAUGUGGCCUUAGGGGCGGUGGGCAACGAGCCCUGCCGUUCCCCCGCAGCUCUUCGGGCAGCCCACCAGGGAGCCCAGCGGCUCCCGGAGGAAGGGGCUGGGGAAAACUUCCCCGGGUGGCUGUGGGCUGGCAGCGAAGCGGAGAGGGCAGGGCGGGCAGCGCUUCUCGCGCGCUCCGGGCACGCAUGCACCCACUGUCUCCAACGAGCGCCUCCGCGCUUUGCUAGAGAAUCGGCGUCGUUGCGGCUUUUAUGAACGCCCCUCGUUAGCAUAUGGCGGCUCGCCCCGCCCCCGGCGGCGCUGAUAGGGGGGAAGCGUCCCCAAGGGCCGGCCGCGGGCCACCUCCUCUCGUCGAUUGGUCCUCGGGACGGGCUAUUCCGCCUUGUGCCCCGCCUCCUCGUGACGUUUCGAGAAGCAACUUUCUGUGGGGUUGAUUUGAAUAUCUCGGCCUGCCCCGGCUUGUGGGUUCUGAUUGGCUGUGGCGGCAGCAGCGGGCAGGCCAACCUUGGGCGUCCGGACUGUGAUUGACGUGUUCUCGGGACUCUCCCCGCCUCCCCUUGCUCGUGAAUGGCGCACUGGUGCUGGAGGAGGCGGGCGCAAUCUCGCUCUCCCCGCUGCAAUUGGCUGGUGUGGGUUUUUUUUUUUAAUUACUGUUUUUCACUCUUCUGGUUCUUUCUGGUUCCGAUUGGGAGUCCCGGGCAACGGGGGCGGGCUCUCCCCAUCGGCCGCUCUGAUAGGCGCGGGGGUGGACGGGACACCGCCCCUCUCCGCCCGGUCCCCGCCGCCUCCUCCCCCGCUUCCUCUGGCUCCCCUGUUACGCUGUGAACCGGGGGGCCCGCCGCCGGUUUCCUGCCGGAGAACAAUAGCUGCUCUGUCACUUCCGGGGCGGUGUCGCCCCGCUGGUUGCUAGGAGAAGGCGGCUGCCGUGGCCCGGAGGGAUGAGGCGGCUUCCUGCCUGCCUGCCGGGCCGGCGGGCGGAGGCUGGCUUUACGUUAGGACCGUUAUGGCCCCGCAGUGGCGCCCGCCCUUCCCCGCGCUCCCUCUCCGGCCGCGGAGCACGCGGGAGAUUCUGAAGGACCUGGAUGAUUACUAUGAAAAAUUUAAACGAGAGACAGAUGCUGUGCAGAAGAGAAGAAUGUUGCACUGCAUUCAAAGAGCGUUGAUUCGGAGUCAGGAACUGGGGGAUGAGAAGAUCCAAAUUGUCAGUCAGAUGGUGGAGCUCGUUGAAAACAGAACCAGGCAAGUGGACAGCCACGUGGAGCUGUUUGAGACUUGUCAAGAGACUAACGAUACCACUGGAAACAGCGGGAAGGCCAGCCAGGAUAAGUCAAAGAACGAGACAAUCACACAGGCUGAAAAGCCCAACAAUAAGAGAUCGAGGCGGCAAAGAAAUAAUGAGAAUCGAGAAAAUGCUUCUAAUAAUCAUGAUCAUGAUGACAUUAUCUCAGGAACUCCAAAAGAAAAGAAAGCAAAAACAUCAAAGAAGAAGAAACGAUCCAAGGCUAAAGCAGAGCGGGAAGCUUCUCCCCCAGACCUUCCCAUUGACCCUAACGAGCCAACAUACUGCUUGUGCAACCAAGUCUCCUAUGGAGAAAUGAUCGGAUGCGAUAACGACGAGUGCCCCAUUGAGUGGUUUCACUUUUCCUGUGUGGGACUCAAUCAUAAACCAAAGGGCAAAUGGUACUGCCCCAAAUGUCGAGGAGAAAAUGAGAAAACUAUGGACAAGGCAUUGGAGAAGUCUAAAAAAGAAAGGGCCUACAACAGGUAGUUGGUAGACUUUUCAUAGUGAAGAAAAACAAAACCACCAAACCAGUGUAUUUAUUGUCAGUGUCACCUUUGUUGAGGUGAAAGGAUUGUAAAAUGUAUAUUUUUAAAGGAGGUUUAAAACUGAACCAUUCCUGUUAUAGGGACGGCAAUAAGCAAUUUUGGUUUUCGUUUGGUAAACUGUAACAAGACUGUGGUCUGUGGACCAAUGUAUUCCAAAAGUAAAGUUAUAAGAGUUUAAACUGAGUAUUUGGGUGGGUCUUAAAAGAUAAAUUAAUACUCCUUGUUUGUUUUUGUUUUCUUUUGUUUUGUUUUUCUUUCAGUGCUGGUAGCACUCUACCCAUUAAAAUUUUGAUGACAAAUAUCUCUGAAAUGUAAUUUCGUUUUCUUUAUCGAAGAAUGUUAUUUACCUUUUGAGCAAAAUUGUUAAGUAGUUUAGCCCUCUGGUUGUGUCUGAAUAAAGCUGCAAUACAUUACAAAUGUAACUUCUUUUGAUGAUAAGCAGUGCAAGAGCAAACAAGAGGAGGGUAAAAUUUGGUUCCUGCUACAAAGUGUCAGUAUAACAGUUCAAUAGCAAAUGUUUAAAUAGGCUUAGAAGAAUAUUUUUUAAAAAGAAAAAAGUUAAUGGUUAAAUUUUACACAACAAAUAUUUUAUAUGCUGGCCAAGUACCACAAGGGCCAUUUUAAAAUGAUUGAAUAUGUUUUAUAUUUAACCAGGAAGUGGUUUAGUAAUGAGACUUAACAUAAAUGAAGCUUUAUACUGUCACAGAUAGUAGUGUAGCAAUCCUUAACUUGUUUAAGUUGUAUAAAUGUACAUUUUUAAGUGGAGUUGCACUUACUGUAUUAUACUUGGAAAUGCAGCCAAAUGCCAUUGUGUAACCAAUGUGCAUUUCCUGCUGUAUGUAUGAAAAUUGUACAGCUGUGAUAUUAAGAAAUAAAUGAAACAACUUUGACA